AAAACAGAUCAACAUUAGCAGAAACUACACUUGAGUGUAAGUAGAAAAUUAAUGUCACUUAAAAUAUAUAUAUGAAGAGAAGUCAAUAUUGCCUACAUGAUUGCUGUCACUGUUUUUUUUUUUUUUCAGCUGUUGAGACUGAUGAAGAUGAGGAACUGCAGCCAAAAAGAAAAAAACAAAAACAAACUCAUUUGAUGUUGCCCAAUGCUCCUUCCUUUCAAUCUGCUUCAACACUCCAACCACAGUCCAGUUCUACAAGCCAGCAGAUUCAAGAUAUCUCUCAGCUAUUUGAUGGCUUGGAGAGAAGAAUACUGCUGAAACUUGACCAAAUCCAUGCCGAUAUUAAAACAGCUAUUGGACUGCAGUCUGUGAACCAGCAAAGCACCUCUGCCUUGGACCUAUUCGAGGUGCUAGAGGAGCCUUGCAAGUCAGUGGAGGAAUUGGAAGAGCUGUGCGAAAAGCUGAAAGCUGUUGAGUUUCGCAAGAAGAUUAUUCGAUAUCUUUGUCUUCAGAGUGCAGGCAGUUUGGGGGAUGGCAUUAGAAGAAUGCUAAAAAAAAUCGGAGAGAAUUCCCUUUGGGCUGAAUACAGCUACAAAGGGAGAAAAGGAAAACGGGCAUUUCAGCAACUGCUGAUCAAUGAUGCGAUCAUACGUGCCUGCAGUAAGGUGUAUCCACACCACAAGACCCAGAGUGUGGAAGACAUGAUAGCCGUGACCCUUAAGCAUGCUCCACAUCGUGAGAAAGCAAAGAAAAAUGUUCAGGUAAGAGGAUUUUGUCCAAAAACUCACAAUAUAAGUAGGCUUACUUUUAAAAGAGUAUUAACACUGGAGAGUACGUAGAUGUGAAUUUGAGAACUUGUACAAUAAAUAUUCAUACUUGUACGUGAACAUUUACACUCACAGCUCCAAUGUGAAAACCUGUCAAAUUAAAAUCUGAAGUUGAAUGUUGAAAUUUGCACUCGCAGACAAAAGACAAAAAAAAUAUAUAUAUUCUGAAUUUGAAGCUGCAGACAAGUAGUCACAAAUGUGAAAAAUGCCAUUCACAGAAAUACAAUGACAGUCACAAACUUGUAAUAUAUAUAUUUGCCUUUAAUCGCAGUACAACCUCAAUUAGGCACUUCUCAAAUCUGUCACUACAAUUUCAAAUUUCGUUGCAAAACUAACUUGUGCACUUGCAACUCAGUGGCGGUGAGAGAGAAAGGGAGACGCUCUGAGAUGCUAACAUGGCUUAAUGCAUUAGACUGAUAUAUAAAGAAAUAAAUGAUAUUAUCAAACUCAGUAAACACCAUACUAAUAAUGCAUUCUACAGAAAAGCAGAUGAGCACAGAAUAUGACGAAAGAAAGCAAAUUUGUGUUCAGUGCAAAUAAACCUGCUGCCUUUGUUUUAUUAAUAAUGUAUAACGAAUUGUGUGGU